UCCGCCUGUUCGAAGAGCACAGGUCACGCGCGCCGUAGAUCAUACGUUCUGAUUUUUAUAUGAUAUGAUCCGAGUGAAUUGCAAGUGUGCAUUCUGCUACUAAAAACAACGACCCCAAACCACUUUUAUCCAAAAUAGGAAAGUAAUGAGGGUAUUAACUGCAGAGGAGCUGGUGUCAGCAGAAAAGGCUUUGAAAGGCUAUUUCCCCAAAUCUCUGAAGGUGUAUGGGCAUAUAUUCAGCAUUAACAGAUGUAAAUCACAUACCACUGAAGUCCUUGUGGAUUCCUGGCCGGACUUUAAAACCAUUAUUUGUAGAUCAUCCUUGAAGGGUUACAGAGUUGAUGCAUUUACAAAAGAUGAAGACAAUUUAAGGACAAUCCUGAAAGACACAGAUGUACUCAACUGGAGUGGCUUUUUCCUGCUUGGAGGGGUUGAUUUUUGUCAUCUGAACAUGGUGAAGGAAGUUGCUGCUUAUAGGAAUGCUUCUAUAUAUUUAGCAGCAAAGUGCUUUAUGAUGACGUUAGAAAACGCAGAUCAUCUUCCUAAACUCCCUGUAGACAGGGUUUCCGGUUCCAGGAUCACAUCUCUCAAUAUGUCUCACGUUGAUUUGGUGAACAAAGCAUGGAAAUUUGGAGGUGAUGAAAGUGGUGCUAGAAUUAUCCAAACCCUAAUAUUGAAUUUCCCGUCCUGCUGCAUCGUGGAUGAGUCUGGAAAGCCAGUCUCGUGGAUACUGACUUAUGAAUACUGCGCCAUGGGCAUUCUGUACACUUCCCCCGAGCAUCGCGGGAAGGGCUAUGCCAAGACGCUGGUAACUGCAGCAGCAAAGAGCCUUCAGCAGCAAGGGUACCCCAUCUACUGCUUCAUCGAAGAGGACAACGAGCAAUCCUACCGCCUGUUUAAAGACCUGGGUUUUAAGGAAGUUCCUGACUAUAGAGCAGCAUGGUUCCGACUGAAUGAUGAUAUACCAAACAAACUCAUUUCUUAGAGUUUUAAUGAACCAGUAUUGAUAGUGAAUAAUGUGGGCAAGCAUCUACUUCAGUGUCUCAAGGAUAAUUCAUUACACAAUUACUAUAGAACGUGGUGGUUUUAUGUUAAGGUGUAGCGUGGUCUGUUCCUUGGUAUAUAAAUAUCAGUGAUUACCUUGCACCGGUCUGCGAAUAGAGGAUGCACUAUGAUAGUUCAUAGAGGAGCCUACUGUGGGUAAAACACAAAUGAGGAUAGCUGAAUUUACGAUGUUGUACAGGGGGGGUAGCUAUAGCUAAGUUUGAUAUUCUAGUUAUUAAGGAAUUUAACAAUCGGUAUUCAUUACAGUAUAUAAAUCCUUUGUGAUGUCGUCCUCUGAAAAUAACAUCAGAUUUACAUGCUGUCCCAAAUAGUACACUAUUAAUUUCCCUUUGAUUGAAGUUCUGACCUGAGGUAGAUAUAUAUAUGAGCAAGCUUGCAAUGGAGACUCUUCAGUUUGUUUAAACAAUAAUGAUUUAUUUGUACAACUUGACAAAACAAACAAUAAUAGUAUUCCAGUAAUUAGUGAAAGGAAGUUCUGUAGAAUUACACACAAGAGAUUCUCUCAAAAUUGCAUUAAAACUGUAAAUUGCAUGUAAUUAUAACAAGGACUCUUCCACAUAAACAAACAUUACUUAACA